AAAGGAAGGUAAAACACCGAUAAACUCCGCACUGUCAAAGUCAAACUAUUUAAAAAUUUACUUCUAAAGACUUUUUGGUGUAAUUAAUAAUUUGAACAAAAUGACGGAGGAAAACCUGGAACCUAAGAUGAAUGGCGGCGAUCCAGAUCACGACAUUACUUCUAAGCCCGCUGUCACUGUGCGAAAACAUUACCGCUCGGCUCCUAUUCGAUCAUCUCAAUUUUACUAUUCUGAUCUAGAAGCUGACAAGCGUUUGGUAAAAGCGAGGGACUCCUUGUCUGGGAUUGGUGAUACCGCCUACAAACAUUUUAAAGAUGUCUUGGACUCGUUAGCCGAUAAACACAGUAUAGAGAUUCGAAAUCUUCAGUUUCAAAUCGAGGAACUCUUGCGACAAAAGAACAGCUUAGACGACAAGUGUCGGACUUCCAAGCGCGAAAGCAGGAAGUUUCAAGAGGAGAACGCUUCCUCCAAGAGACUUAUUGUUGAGAGAGACUGGAGGCUUGAAGCGCAAACCAAGGAAAUGGAGAGCAAAGACAGGGUCAUUGCGCAACUCAGAAAGGAUAAACUAACUCUUGAAAGAGAGAUAGAUGACCUGAAGCAUGAGCUAAAUUCUCAUCAAGCAAAGUUUGACAUCAGGACUUUGCAAGGCCAUGGUGAUGACGAAUACACCGUCACACGUGAUGAGAUGCUCAAAGUCGAGGCUAGUUAUAAUCACAUGUCCGCUGAAAAAGAAGAAUUACAUAAUGAUUACAUCGAGCUACAAGCCAAGCUUGAGGGUCUUCUAUCUGAGAAUGAGAGGUUGCAGAAAGAGCUGGAAACACAAAAGAAAACUAAUCAGUUGAAGACAGCUAAAUACGAGGCUCAGAUUGAUAACUUGAACAAGCAAAAGACCGAACUGAAAGACAAGGUGGAAAAACUUCGUCUUGAGCUGAAGAAGUUAAAGGAGCUGUACGGAAACUCUCAAAGGGAUUUGAUCGAGAGCCAGAAUAAAGCAGACGCCAGGAAAGAAGAGCUCAUUUCCAAAAAUAACCAAAUUGGAAAAAUGGAAAACAGGAUCAUCUCUUUAGAAGGAAAGGUUGACGGACUCCGACAGGAAUUGUCAAAAAGCCAAACUGCAUUGGAAAUCUCUCAAAAGCAGAAGGAAAACUUUCAGCAUGAGUUGGUUGCAGUACAAAAGAGCAAUGACGAUCUGCAGGACGCUCUCGAGGGAAUGAAAACAGAAAGAGACAGCCUUCAAAACCAGGUCUUCCUUCUUCAACGCAAGCUUCGCAGUGCAGAAGACGCCUACGAAAAGUCUCAGAACAAAAUUACAAACUUGCUUCAGAACGAAAGAACUUUGAAGCAGAAGAUCAGUGACCUUGAGGCUGAGCUUGCAGCAUCCAGAAGCAGGAAUAUGCAGCUUGAAAAUGAGCUUGAGCUUGCUAAGUCUAGACCUGUUGAGAGUAAACUUGAUGUCAUUACCAUCGAAAACGUUCAAGCAGUUGAGUCUGGCCCACCAGAUGGCUUUGGAUUUGAUUCGGAAGAACUUGAGCAGGCAAAUCAGGACAAGAUGGCAUUGACACAGAAGGUGACUGAGUUGGAGAGUUUGAUACAUCGUUUAGAGUACGAAAACGCCGAGCUCCAAAACAAUUACAGUCAUGCUAAAGGUCAAGUGACAAAACUAGAAUGCCAAGUAGAAAGCUUUGGAAGGCAGAAGAGCGAGAUUCUUGCUGAACUGGAGAAUGAGAAAGGAAAGUAUGCAAAAUUGAAGAAUGAACUAACAAUGUUACAACAAAAACUUUCUGAAACGGAGAAGAUGCUUGAACAAAAGACGAAGGAAUGUGCCAAAAAGACCAAGCAGAUUGAAGAGUUGAAGGCCAAGAUUGCUGAUUUGCAAAAGGCAUUAGAUGAUCGUAACGAAGAGAUGUACAAGCUCGAAGGAAAACUUGAGGCACUCAUUCUUGAAAAUGAAAAACUGCACGAAGAAUCCUUAGACCACAAGAGGGCACUCGGUGACUUGGAAAGUGAUCACAAGAGUGCUAUUGAUGAAAGAAACAACGCUCACUAUGAACUGAAAAGCCAUACUCGCAAGGUUUCAGAGCUGGAAUCGAAGUUAGCAGAGUCCGAAAAAGCACGUAACGAUUUGCAUGCACAAGUAUUGGCUCUGCAGCAGAAGUUGAAUGUUCUCGAGGACGAGCUCGACAACACACACAAAGAGAGAGCUGUCUAUGAAAGUGAAGCCAAUGAUUUGUCUAUGAGCUCCAAUAAGUUACGAGACGAUGCCGCAAUUUCAAAGAAGCAAGCAAUGGAGUACCAAGGAAUAAUUGAUAGCUUGAAGAAAGAGAUAGGCGAUAAAGACCAAACCAUUGACCACCUCAGAAACAAGGUGCGAGAUCUGACCGAGGAUAUCGACGACUGCAAAGCAGACCUUUCCGAAGCGCAAGCUCAGUGCGACGCAAAGGAAGAAGAUAUCAAAACUUUUGAAAGGAAGUGCGAUGAGAAGGAUUCAGAGAUCGAAAGACUGAAUGCAAUACUUGAUCGCACUACCAAGGAGAGAAAUGAUGCAGAGGUACAAGUGGCGGGACUCUUGGAGAAAUUGAAAAACCUUGAAGGUGUGAGAAAGGAAUUCAAAGGAGAGAAGGCACCCCAAAGUAUCGACAUUAACAUCUUUAAGGUUCAAGAACUUGAGAAGGACUUAUCUACUCUGCGACAGAAGGUUUAUAAGCUUGAAAAAGACAAUGAUGCUUUGAGGAAGGAUAACGCUUUGCUAGACAGCGAAAUCAAAGAUAAAAAUGACAAGAUUGACGCACUGAUGCGAGAAUUGGAAGGAAAAGACGAGGACAGCACAGAGAUCAGAAAAGAACUCAUCAAUCUCAAGAAAAAAUGUGCCACUCUGGAAAAGGAAAACGAUGAGCUUGCUGAUGACAAAAGUGAACUAGCUGAGCUUUUGGCUGACUUGAGACCAAAAGUUUCUAAACUCCAGGAUAACGUCGACUUGCUGACGAAGCAAAGAGAUGAUCUCAAAAACAGUCUGGGUGAUGCCAACAGGACCAUCAUUGAUCUAAAAGAAGACAAAAACAAGUCAGAAAUGAAAGCAUCGCAUGAAGAGAAGGCGAAUGUCAGUCUUGGAAAAAUAGUUAAGAAACACGAAGGAUCUCUUGAAGAUCUUAGCUCCAAACUUAGAGCUGCUGAAUCUGACUUAGAAUCACUUCGACGUGAACUUGUUUCGGCCAACGCCAAGAAUGACUCUCUCGUUCAAGAAAAGAAAGACUCCGCUAAAAAGCUUACUGACGCACGAAACAGAAUAGCUGAACUUGAAGCAGCUAUCCAUGACCUAAAGGAUGUAAGAGAAUUAUUGGAACAAGAUAUCAGUUCCUUGACCUACAAGCUCAGUAACCUUGAAACAAAGGUUAGUAAUCUCGAGAAAGAGAAAGCCUAUUACCAGCAUGAAAGUGAGGAGUUGCAGACCAAAAAUCGUAAAAUGAAAAACGACCUGGUACAAGCUCAAAACCAACUGAAAGACAAAGAUCGACUAUGCGAAGAUCUUACUGCAGAGCUUAAAGAUAAAGAAGCCAGCAAUAAUGCUUUGAAGAGGCAAAAGAAGGCUCUGGAAGAUGAGAUCAAUUCCCUGCGCAAACAGCUAGAAGCCAGCAAGCAUGCAAAUGAUAUCAACAAGGAAAAGAUUCGGGAACUCUUAGCACAGUUAGAGCGAGCUUCAUUGAACGCAGUAACUCCCGUCAGCGUAAGUGUCGUUGAGUCCUCUAUUCCUAUGAGCUUCGAGGACAAUCUUCAAUCGGCCCCAGACGACGGCAGGGUUUAUGAACUAGAGGCCUUAUUAAAAGCGGGAGAAGAUCGAGAAAACGCACUAAGAAAAGAACUUGAGAAUUACCGCGGCAAGUUUAAUAAAUCCGAAGCUGAAAACAAGCACAUUCACGAACAACUGGUAGACCUGCAACACGAAAAUGCCGCACUGCAAAGGAAACUUAGAGAAGCAGAGCUUGCUCUGAGUCGAUUGAACAGAGAGAACGAUGAUCUGAAAAAAGACCUCGCUGAAAAGACCAGCAAAUUGUCCGCGAUUGAAACACAAGCAGAAUCAGAUGAAGCUGAAAUAAGGUCUCUAAAAAAUCAGCUGCGUAAUGUUAGUGACAGAGUGAACAAGCACCAAGAUGAGCUGUUGAGCAUGGACCAGGAGCUGGUGGAGCAUAGAUUAGCUGUAGACAAGCAUAACCAAGAAAACAAUCAUCGUGAAUCUUUGAUAAAAAAGCUCAAGGCUGCAAAAGAGUAUCUAGAAGACCAAGUUGAAUCACUGAAGGCAAGUUUGGAAACAGCCAGGGAUUCCAAUGAUGAUUUGAAAGCAGAACAAGCGAAGAUGUUAGAGGAUAUCAUGUCUUUGAAGAACACGAUCAAUCAGCUGAAAGCUGCAAAUCAGAAGCUGGCCUCUGAAAGGGAACGUGCAGUUGAGGAUGCUAAAGAUGCUUUUGAUAAAAUAAAAGACCUUGAAUAUCGAUUGCAAGAAGCAAUUGCAAAGAGAAAAGAAACGGAGGAGGAAAACGACGACCUUGAGGCCGAAAUAAGGAAGCUAAAAGAUGAGCUUGCCGAGAGUAAACGUCUCUACAACAACUUGCAGGAUAAACUGCACGCACUUGAAGACGAACUAGAUAAAAACGAAAAAGACAUAGAUGACCUUAGGGACAACAAGAAAGCUCUAGAAUCAGAAAUUGCUGACCUCAAAGCACAAUUAGCGUCCAUGGAUAAAUUACCCGUAAUCCAACCACUUCAAGUAGAACAGGUCCAGGCUACAUACGAGUCCAACCCUAACUUUGACUUUGGCGAUGCUGAUGAAAUAAAACGACUUCAAGAUGAAAAUCAGGACUUAAAAAGAAGGCUUAAAGAGCUUGAAGCUGACCACAGACUACUGGAUGACAAAAAGCGAUCUUUGAAUGACCAGCUUGUUGACUCGCAUGGACAUAAGUCCAAGCUUGAGGCCUCACUGGACCAUACCAACAGCAGAAACCUUGCCCUCGAGAAAGAAUUAGAAGCAAUAAAGCGAGACUAUAAACCGUUGGAAGAUAAAUAUGACGAAGCAGUCAGAGAGCUAGAUAUCUUAAAAAAGAGUGCUGAUGACGCUAACAGUCGACUUAGUGACGUCGAGAUCCAGCUUGACACUGAAAGUAAUAAGCGAAAGCAGCUACAAGGCGAAUUGGAAGAUGCUCUAGAAGAUAUUCAAGUCAAAGAAGAAGAGCUCAACAAAGCUCGACGAAAGAUCCAAGAAUAUAUGAAAAUAUUAGAAAACGGAGGACAGGAUUCAAAUGUCAAAGAUGAACUCAUUGAAAAUUUGAAAAAGGAGAUAGAAACACAGGAAAGAGAGAUUAGAAAACUAAGAGAAAAUGUGUUGUCAGCCAAUAACGCACUAGACAAAUCCCAUGCAAAGCGAGACGAGUUAGACAAAGCGCUCUUUGUGGCCAAACAACAUUUGGCUGACGAUGAGAUGACGAUUAGGGCGAAAAUUCAAGAUAACGAUUUCCUUAAUGAACACCUUCAAGACGCUCAAGAAAGAAUUGUAGAGCUUGAACGUGAGCUUCAGAAUGCCAAAAAGAACAACGCACAGAUGAGGUCGGACUUAGACGACGCAAAAAUAGAACUCAGAAAAGCAAAGGAAGAGAAAAACAUGCUGCAACAAAAAAUUGCAGAAUUACAGGCUUUGAUUGAAGCUCUUAAGAAGGAUCUUAUGGAUAGAGACAGCAUAAUUGACCAACUGAGAUCUGGCAGUAAUAACGUGGGCGCUGAAAUAUCGGCCUUGAAAAAGAAAGUGGCCAAAUAUCGAGAUGAUUACCAAAAGAGUCAAGAUGAGGUUGCACGACUUCAACUUCUUUUGAGGGAAAGGGCGGACAACGUAACGCCGAGGGGCAAUGCUCUGGUUGCAUACAAGAAUGACAAUGACAAGCUUAAGAGCGACAUCUUGACUCUACAGAGUACAAUUAGCGACUUAAAGAACAACUACCAAAAUGCUCAGAGAGAGAUCGAAAAAUUACAACUCGAGCUUAUGACGGCGUCUCAAAAGUUCCACCAGGCUGAAGCACGAAAUGAGGCCCUGGAAGCAGAGAGGGACCGUCUGAAAAAAGAACACGCUGCGCAUCUAAAAGAAAUCUCGAACUUGAAGAUCCAGUUGGAUUCAUUGAGACAUGAAAACAACAAGCUGAAAAAUGAUCUCGCUAUUUUACAGAAGAAGUACGAUGGCCUUCAACAGCAACUUGCAAAUGCAGACGCAAGAAAGGCCAAGAAAGGAAGGGAAGUCGUAACACAAAAGAAGAUCGGUGAGCUCGAAUCGUCCUUCCAAAGUGCUCUAAGAGAAAAAGAAGACGCAAAGAGUGAUCUAUUCAUCUUGAAGAAGAAAAUCGGAAAAUUGGAAAAUGAAAUUGGCGAAUACCAACGUGAGAAAGACUCGCUGGAGCACAGCUUGGACUGUCGCGAUAACAGGAUCGCUGAGCUCGAAGAUAGUCUUAAGAGUGCUCAAGAUAAUCACAAAGCAGACAAAAAUGAGCUUCUUCAAUGGCGAAAGAAAUAUGCUGCUAUUGAACAAGAACUGAAAUCUCUGCAAAAUAUGAUAACUCGCCUACAGAAUCAAAACAAGCUGUCAGAACAGAAGAUUGACGAUUUGACGGAUGAUCUUGCUGAAGCAAAUAAUAGAAUUGAAGUCUUGGAACAAGCACUUGCAGAUCACGAUGGACCAGAUUCAAAAUACAAGGACUAUCUUGUGGCCGAGAGUAAGAUAUCCGAACUUGAAGCGGCUCUAAAAGCGGCACUUGAAGGAAAAGCUCAAGCGGAAAAAGAAAAUCAGAAGUUAAAGAGCCAAGUGUGGGAUCUUGAAGAUGAUGUCAAGAUGAUUCAGUUGAAGCUAGAUCAAUUGCAGAACCUCCUUGACGAAACGAACAAACUCAACGACAGACUGAAGAAGGAAUUGGCAGACCUCAAGAGGCAUUCCUAUGAUUCAACUCAAAAUUACGACGCCGUGAACAAAGAGCUGAGUGACCACAAAUACAAAAUGGAACUUUCAGAGAAAGAACGCGAUGAUCUUGAAAACGAAAUCAACACUCUUCGUCGAGAACUUUCAGAUUUACGAGCUCAAAAAGAAAAGGUAAAUGUGGAGAAGAGUGAUCUGAAGGUCCAACUUCACAAGCUACAGACACAGUAUGACUCAUUGAAUGCCGAAAACGAAGACUUAAGGGAGGAAAAUGAAAGUCUGAGAAGAGACCUACAGCAAGCAAGAGACGAGAUCAUGCGUCUAAAAAGCCAGCUUGAAAACCAAGUGGCUCCAAUACAGGUUGCUACGGUAGAAGCUGUUGAGAGUGAACCUUUUGACUUUGAUGAACUAGACGGAGCAAAAAGAGAUAGAGACCAGCUUCAAUUAGAGAAAGAUGCUGCAGAACAAAGGCUUAAAGAUUUCGAACAAGAUUUGCAUGAAAAACACCUUCAAAAGGUAAAAGCAGAAGAGAGCCUCAAUGACCUGAAGAAACACCUCACAAAACUUGAGAUGGACAACAAGAAUCUUGAAACAGCUAAAGACAAAGCCCUCUAUGAGCUUGAUCUCGCGAAUAAGAAGUUUAUUGAACAAAGAACGGAGAAUGAAUUACUAAAACAAGAAAAAGAAUCUCUUGUCAUUGAAAUAAACGACCUUAAACAAGACAUGGCUCAGAAAGACAGAGAGCUACAAGCAAUCAUAAAGAAACGAGCAGACUUGGAGAAGCAGCUAGCAAAAAUAGACCAAAAAGAUGGAUCAGCUGAUACCUUGAGAAGAAAAUACCAGGACCGCGAAAACGAGCUUCAAAGGGAACUCGUAGACGUUCAGAGGAAGCUUGCUGAUGCUGAUUAUCGUUUGAAGUCUGCAGAAGACAAGACAAACGAAGCUGAAGAUUCCAAAGCAGAUGUAGAAAGGCGCAAUGCAAUGCUUCGUGAUGAAAUGAUCAACCUUCAGGCAACUAUUUCUAAACUGGAGGUGAAUCUUAAAAAAGAACAAGACACUGUCCAAGAUCAGGAAGAUGAAAUAAAAGAGCUGAUGCUUAAGCUUGGAGACACGGCCAACACAAGUCGCGCUGGUGGGAGGAACUUGUCUGAAAUUGAAGCUGACCUGGAUGCAUUGAAGAAGAGAAAUAGGAAAUUGGAAGACCAGAAUGCUUUCAAAGACAAAGAAAUCGCUCGACUUCAAGAGCAACUUGAGGAAUACAGAGAUAGAUUAGAGAAAGGAACAGGCGACCUUGAAAUUCAUUUGAAAAACAUGGGUGACAAGAGUGAGAUAUACCGAAAAGAUGCUCUUGAUAAGGCUAAUCAUAUUGAAAAGCUUCGCGCUGAAAAACUGCAAGAUGAGAUCGAUAUCCAGAACCUGCAAGCAGAGUUGGAGUCCCUCAAGAAAGAAUUAGCUGAAAAUGAAAAUGACCUUGGCAUAAAGGAAUCAAACAUCGGCGAACUUCAUGAGGAGAAAAUAAAUCUGGAAAAUAAAAUCAUCGAGCUUACCAAUAACUACAAAAUGAGUCUGGCUGAGCUUGAAAAUGACAAUGAGAUAAGGAAUAAUAAGAUCAAAAGUCUGGAAGAUCUACUGAAAAAAUACGAAAAACAAAUUCAGGAGCUGCGAGAGAGCCAAGCAACUACUGACCCUUCUUCGUCUACAACGCUGAUAUUUGACGUCGACAGACGAACAAGAGUCCCAUCCAGAUACGUGUCAUACGCAGAAAAUCAGCUCCAACCUGAAAAGAGAAGCCUCUAUAAGCUAAGCUCUGAAGGAUCUGGGAUCGACAGACCCUCUCCAGAAAGAAAUGGAUCAGUAAAGGAAGAUCCUAUUGAAAUGACCGUAUCCAAAAAUCCCAAGGUACAGUCCCCCCCUCGUAGGACGUCAGGAAGAAUAAGAGAAGGGAUAGAGGUUCCAUUCGAUGACGAACAAUACCAGAGAAAGCGCAACGGUCCACGCUACUCGAAGGACAGAGUUGAUGAAAAUAUCGAGGCAUCGGAAGCAAAGACAGCAGAAUCAGAAAUCAGCUUUGAUGAUGAUGCUCCUAUGAGUAGUACAAGAUACGAAGACCGUAAACAAUCUGAAGAUCGUAAUCCAAGAAAUGACAGAAGAAGCUCAGGACGCUCGUCCAAAGACAAGGAACAGUGUAAACAGCAGUAAGCUGCACCAACCUUACAAAUCAAUAUAGUAACUUUUGCACUAAACGUAAUGAUAAUCCUAUAAUUAACUAAUUUCAUCUCAUUCAAUCUGAUAAUUUUAAAUUUCCACAAUGACGUCACUUUCCGAAGCGGGUUAACAAGUGCAUUUUUUUUAAAUCUUUACCAAUUGGAUGACGUUCGCGUUUUGUGUAAUUAGUGGCGAAGAGUUUGCACGAGUAAUUAUGGUACAUUGAAACACAAUGUGUGGUCGAUGUACAUCAAGUAAGUGAUAUAUGUCAUCCAAGAAUCAUAUAAUACMCACACACUCUACAUUCAAACACACACUCCGCAUUUUACAUACAGCACUCUAAUUAUACUGUCUCAAUGGUAUAAAGUUACCAUACGAAGUCAUACAUAUAAACACAACAGAGCUAGCCUAACACUACCAAUAAUGCAUAUUUGUAUAAUACUUACUGAACCAAAUACUGACAACAACAUUCACGGAGAGCAUCAGUUUACCAACAUGGUGCAGUCAGGAAGGUUCUUAAGCGCAUUUUAGUGUAAGGCAACUCGAAUCUAAUCAACAAGAUUUUUGAAAACAUUUUAUAUUAUUCCCAUUUUGGGGCGACAGUACAUUAAUACAUGUAGAACGCAUAAUCAGCUGUCUGCCAUUAUUAUAAUCAUUUUACGAUAUUAAUUCACAGCUAGUAAAGGGUUAAGCAUUAAUGCGUAUACCACUCCGAAAGAGAAAAGGUUCUGCGCAGCGAUAUAAUGAAAAUAAAAUAGUAAUACUACUCGAAGAAAUAAGAGGUAUUUUUCGCUAUGUUCAUCGGUUAAUAGCAUUUCAAGCAUCUAGAUGGGCUAUACUAUUAGUAGUAAUAAACUCCGAGUAUUAACCAUUAACGUAGUUUGCAUUAUUUUCUUAGGAGUUGUGGUUAGGCGAAUCCCUCCCUCGGAAUCAAACCUGUGAUAGGGGUUACAUUCUUACUUUCUUUCAAAAUACAUUUACUACAAAUUAAUAAUUCAAAAUGCAUUCAUCGUUAUUUGAAAUUUCAUGCAUACUCAUGCGAAAAGUUUUUUUUUUUACGAUCAAUAAAGAUUUGCAUAGGGUUCCUGGGGUCUUCUCGUUAAAGUCCCCAAUCAGCGUAUUGGAGACUAAUCAACGAGAAGCAAUGGGAGCGAGCGAACCUCCGAAAUCUUAGGUAUCAAGAAUUCUUCGAGUAUGACGUUAAUCAGUGUUAUACUGAUCAUCAUGAUAUCCUUACGCGUAUUCACAGUAAUCAUUAAUAAGCAAUUUAAAACCAAUACCUUGUAUAUUCAGGAAUUCCAAGGUGUUUGAGGAAAUAAAUCAUUUAACAAAUUCAA